AUGCUGAUCAACAGUACCACUUUAGAUAUCGGUGAAGCUGCCUAUGAGUAUAAUGGAGAAGACUACUCUCAUUACGACGAUAGGACCGGGGCUGACGCAGGUCCAGAACCAACGAGAUUCGAGGACCUGCCUUCGGGUCCUCCUCUACACCUCCCAAAUAACCAGCGGGAUCGAGUGUCAGAGCAUCGACGGUCUACCGAAACAGCCGUGCCGAACACGUCUUACAGUCUGGUUCAUGACGUUGAUGGGCCCCAUCCGAGUAUUCCUACGGCCAACCGUGAGACUGGGUAUCCAGAGUCGCGAAAUACUACAACGCUUACUCGCGAGCAAGGGCCUUCAGUGAGGUCAACCCCCGUCUCAAACCUACCCGACCCGUACAAGAAGGUUUAUGAGUCAGAAGCCAACGUCGUCGUUACGGCCCCAACAGGAAGUGGAAAAACCGUCAUUUUUGAGCUUGGCAUACUGCGCAUGCUCGAGUAUGAUUCAUGCGCUAAAGCUGUUUACAUGGCACCCACAAAAUCGCUGUGCAGUGAGCGGUUCCAAGAUUGGACGACUAAGCUGGCCACCCUGGGUGUUAAAUGUAUUGAAUUGACCGGCGACAGCGAGUUCUCAAGCUUGAAAGAUGCCAAGAUUGCUAAUGUGAUCAUCACUACACCCGAGAAAUGGGACAGUAUGACUCGAAAAUGGUUUGACUAUCCUAAGAUCUUGAGUGUUUUGAGACUGGUUUGUAUUGAUGAAGUCCAUAUGCUGUGCGAAGAACGGGGAAGUGUCUUGGAAGUCAUAGUCUCACGUAUGAAGACGCUUGGAACGCCGCUCAGUGCCACGGUACCAAACAUUCACGAUGUCGCCGAAUGGCUUGGAGAUAGUGGCCUAAUAGGAAAAAGAAAAGAAACUCAAUCUCCAAAAGGCCAUGCUGAGACUUUUAUCUUCGGGGAAGAAUACCGGCCGAUAAAACUUUCUAAAUUUGUCUACGGAGUCGCCAGAAAGAAGGACCAGACGGAAUACCAAUUCAUGAGUAUCUUAAACUUCAAACUCAUGGACAUGAUAAUAUCUCACUCGUCUGGAAAACCGACUUUGAUAUUUUGUGGUACACGUAAAAGCGCUUUACAAGCAGCAGAGACUAUUUCUAAAGCUUAUGAGAAGUUAGUCGAGAGCAACCCCGGUAAAUUACCAUGGAAGGUUGCAAAGUCGUCGAGAAAGAUCUCAGAUAAAAAACUGGCGUCCUUGGUUUCGCAGGGAAUUGGAAUCCAUCAUGCUGGGCUAGACUGGCAAGAUCGGAAACAUGUGGAAGAAUUGUUCCGGGAAAAUAUCAUCAAAGUAUUAUGUACCACAUCGACACUAGCCGUCGGGGUCAAUCUCCCAGCAAGAAGUGUGAUAAUCAGAGGUACGCGGGCCUAUAAAGGAGGUUCUGCGUCUGGAACGGAUGGGUUUGAUAAUUACAGUGACCUCGAUAUGAUACAAAUGAUGGGUCGCGCGGGGAGGCCGCAAUUUGAUACUGAAGGAGUCGCUGUGAUCAUGACAGCCCAAAAUGACAAAGCGCGCAUCGAUGACCUUGUAAAUUCCAAGACUCUUCUCGAAUCAUGCCUACACUUGAAUUUGACCGAGCACAUCAACUCUGAGGUCAACAUUGGGACCAUCACGAGCCACGCAUCCGCAUUGAGAUGGAUUCACAACUCAUUUCUUUCAAUCAGGAUUCGAAAAAAUCCGCAGAAUUACUCCAUUGGGGGUGCUGCAGAAUUACCAGGCGACCACCAGCUCGAGAUAUUUGUCGAUAACGCUCUCAAUCUACUCGCGAAAGACGGCUUGAUAGAGCAGCACGAUGGGGAGAUACACCCGACUGACCUUGGGGAAAUAAUGUCCAGGCACUGUCUUCGACAUAAGACUUUUCUGAUUCUUGUUAGCUUGAAACCAAACUCAACGACCCGUAGCCAGCUGGAGGCUAUUUCAAAUUCUGAAGAGUUUUCGACAAUCAGAUUCAGGGCUGGAGAAAUCACGGCGUACACCAAAUUGAACACGAACGUCGAGUUGAAGUUUUCACUGGCCGGAAAGAUAAAUCAGUCUUACCAAAAGGUUAUGUUGUUGAUACAAGCAAUACUGGGCGGUAUUCCACUGGUAGAGCUCAAGACGGAUAACAACAACCCACAGAUGGAAUCUAAUAUGGUCUGGCAACACCUUCCUAGAAUUUGCAAAUGUCUGGUCGCACUGACUAUUGCAAAACGUGAUGUCGGAGCAAAAAGCGGCCUUGAGCUAUUACGUUCGGUAAACGCAAAGGCAUGGGAAGGCUCCCCUUGGGUGCUUCGCCAGCUGGAUCAAAUUGGAGAAAAAUCGGUCAAGCGGAUGGCUGAGAGUAACAUAUGCACAAUCGAUCAAGUUAGGAAAACAGAUGCCUCGAGAAUUGAAAUGGUUGAUGAACAACUCGUUGUUUCAUUUUUUAUUCGAAAACUUCAGAUCCUCGAUCGCAAUCCCCCCUUUGGUACAAGGAUUGUGAAACAGGCUAUCUCCAUGCCCAAAUUUGAGUGUACCAUGAAUCGUAUUUCAGAAGAUGUCACGUCGGAGGGGAUUCAUGUCUGCGUUGAGAUUGAGGUUGGACUCUCAGACACCAGUUCACCCGUCAACUGGAAAUGGAGAAACACGAUUUUGAUGGCUACAGUCUUGGUGCUGACCAGCGAUCACCAAUGGAUCGAGUUUCGUGCCAUUCAGGUUAAACUUUUAUCCAACCCUAAAAGAUUCACCGUCGAGUGCAUUCUGAUCAAGCCAUCCCAGAAUUUGGUGACUCAUAUCGCCUGUCAACAAAUUGCAGGAAUUGGAUGUACCAUGCGAUGGUCACCGAAUACACCACGCCAACAUUACCCCACGCCGAAAGCUAUUAGUGCUGACGACGCUGCGGCCUCUGAUGUUCUCGCAGGAAUAAACGCUGAAGAUCUGGACUCUUCUUCGGAUGAAAUAGUCAUUGAGAAACACACACCUCUGCUUGAGUCCAAAAAGGCCGAAAAAAGGAUCAAAAAGCCCCAAGACUCGACUCGUACGCAGACUGAGAAGAAAGAUCAAUUCCCUGUAUCCAGAGGAAAAAAAGUAGACAAAAACACUUUGAAUCAGUUGGAGUCUGGAUCCCGGCUAGAAAAUGGGAGAUACAAAUGUGCUCAUAAAUGCAAAGGCGUCUGUCAUCAUUCUUGUUGUAUCAAUGGUAUGGCAAAGCCACCACAACCCCGCAAGAAGGAAAAUACAAACGACUGCUCUACACGAUCUGAGGAUAUUGCAACAUGCCCUGAAGCAUCUUUUAAUCCCAAACAAACCGGGAACUCGAGCACUUCAAAGAUAACAAAUUCGGGAGGUGUAAAAGCAGGCACUCAGUAUUUUGGACAAGGAGGUGACCUUCCCGAGGUAGAAGAUAUUUUUACCACGAAUGAGCGUUCCAAGAGAAGGGAAGAGAGACCUGGUUUGCACCGAGGACGGAGCCAAUCAUCGCAUACAUUUUCAGAUCCAGAUAUCGAUACUAUGAUACUAGAAGAUCAGGACUUUUUAGAUCGUCUUGAUCGUGCUCUGGGAAAUGGUGUUCCUGCAGGAGGUUCGAAAAGCGGCAAAUUCAACACAAGACCUAGUCAACUCCCAAAGAGCUUAGAAGAACAACAAGUGAACUCUUCGAGCGUUUCGAGAUUUUUGAACAAAAAGAAGACAGUCAAUGAUUUCAAUGAACGCGCGAUCUUCAGACAGCUGGAGAACAAGAAAGAUAUCAAGGGGAAAAAGAAACUGAUUGUGGAAAGUUCUAAUCAGCAUCUGAGUGACGUUGACUGUGAGGAAACCAGAUCGCUACCCGAGAAAAACGUCUUUAUCUCCCCCUCUUUGUCUCCGGAGAUAGCAAGCAUACCACAAAAUGAAAAGAAACGAAAAGCAGGCGAAUCUGGAAACGAGGGGUCUAAUACCGUGGACGACGUAGUACCAGAAAAGUCUCCGUCACCCGAUGGAGUGGACGAGUUGGACGAUGACUAUGACCUUUCGAUAUUUGAGCCAUACAUUGCGCGUGAAGAGGUGCUGGCUCACUCAGCUCCUGCUGCCACACGUCAAGUUCCAGCGAGCCGUCCUGAACAUAACGUUCCGGCCUAUGCUUCUAAGCGAGCUAAGAUUGACGCAGGCCCGGAAGCUGGUCCCUCCAUAGGCAGCUCAUCAGCCAUAAUGAGGAAGACUUCCACAACUCACCUUGCCGAGGCAGAUCAAUUGUCAAUCGCAACGGGCUUCAGUGAAAAUGAAGAGGAUGAGAUUGAUGAAUUGGAGGACGAGCUGGCGUGGGUACAAGAAUAUCUCCAGACAUGA